AUGUCGUUCUUGUAUGAGAAGAGCCAUACAUGGAGAUGGCUAGUGAGGCAGACGAGAGAUUCUAAACCUUUCUUCUUCACAUUCGCUACUGUUUGUGGUGUGAUUCCUGGCUUAAUUGGCUAUUGUGUUAUGCAAGUCACCAAUUCCACUAACCCGGAGCUCGAAGCCCGGCUCCGACAAUCCGCCCGACCCGAUACCCUCAUGAUGGGUAAAGUAAACCAGGAGAGACUAGCUGAAUAUCUCGGUGAGUUGAAACAGAAACAGGAUACAAACGACAGAUACGUGGCUGCUCUAAGGGGAGAGACUCUUACCAGGAAGCCUUACCAAAGAAUCCAACCAGUGCCAAAGCCAAAUGACACGGUGACAACCAAAGCUCAGUAA